AUGGUGGAGCGACGGUACGUUAUUCAGUGUUACUACUACGAGAUAAAAACUGUGUUCAAAUUUUUAUCGAAUGCUAAUGGGAACCAAUUAGAAAACGACGAAAAGAUGUACUUGUUGGUUUCUCCCGAUCAACACGCGCGUACGCCGCGACUUGAGGAUUUCUUCUGGACUGGAUCUGGUGAUGGACCUCCUCCGCCCGACUUUUCAGAACCGACCGCGACUCCGAGUACGCCGAUCGUCCGGACUACCACUGUACUCGCUACUGUGUACUUGGAUUCAUACCCGCCACAAGCGGUGACAGACAAAUCAAGCGGGGAGUGUAUACUGAAUUGCGAAGUGACACCAGACAGUUUGGAAACUGAAAUCCCAGAGGACAGACGCUACUGGCUCCUAACUGUUAUACAAGGCUCCACUCCCGACAGUUUGCAACUUAGACUUGCGAGAUUAUACCAAAAAGCAUUUCUGCGACAACAAGAACGACAUCUAGGUAUAAUUAAAUCAUUAGACGCACCAACAACUAGGAAGAAACAUGAAGUGCAUUCGUUUGUUGUAAAUAAAGAUAACAAAAUCAACGAUAUUAAUACAAACACUGUCAAAACUCCUCAAAAGAUUUAUGAUAUACAAAGUUCAAUGAUAAAGAUAGAAGAUUUAGCCGUAAACUCUGCUUUAAGAAUGGAAAACUCUACUGCAGUCACGGAUAUAAGCAAUAAAAGUAGUGAUUUAGAUGGUGUAGAAAUGUUUCUAGCUGUUGAUAUUCCACCGAACGCAGUAGAUUCAAAAAUUAAAGCAACAGAAUUAAGUGAAGUAAAGUCUUGGGUACUAGUGACGCCUACAGUUAUUGUACGUAAAAGAGAUGUGAAAGAUGAGGCGAGUGAUAAAGAAGAUUUGAUUGAUUUACCACUUGAAGAGGAACCUGAUAAUGGUACGGUUUUGUUUAAAAGAGAAAUCAUCAAACCUGAACAACAACCACCAGUUCAAGUUCAUAUCCAGAAUAUAACAGAGUCAGCGGCGGGGACCGUACAGAUUGUGUACGUAGUGCUGGUGGGAGGACGCGCCGUGCCGGCCGCGGUGGCCGCACGAGACAUGCGACUGGUGAGGGACGCGGAGGUGGCGCGUGAGCUUGGCGCCGUCGUCACCACCAAGGCCGAACCAGCGUACCUGAAGGCGGCCGAGGGACUGGAGGGCUCAUCCAGUGCCGCUGUGCAAGGGGUAGAACUUUGGGCCCUGGCUGUAGGGGGGGUGGCCGCCCUACUACUCAUACUGGCUCUGGUGUUGCUGCUCUGCUUUGCUCACAGAAAGAAAUCCAAGAAAUCGGCAGCGUCCUUACGAGCAUACAGAAAUGAAAUUAUUAGAGAAACGGAACGUAAUCAAAUGAAGCAGAUAAACGACGACAAAGAUGCUAAGUUGGUAAGCGUUGUGUCUCCGAGCAGAACGAGACCAAGCAGCGUUCUGCUGCCCAUUUAUAGGACCGGAAGUGCUUCAGGAUCAUCAACAUCAUCUUCUGGAGUAUCAGAAGUAGCGGCUGCUCUUAGAAGGCGGCAGAAGAAACCGCAUGCUUUAAGGAUGCCACAGAAAAAACGAGUGGGAACAACGGACAGCUUACUUGAAGCAGCGGGUGUAGACAGCUCAGACAGUGGUCAGAGAUCUCCUCCAACACCUAAUUCCUACCUCUCUAUGCCUUCAGUCAGUGCCUUCCCCAGGGGAAACAUCGUGGAACCGCUCUCUAAAAUCUUAGAACCGGUUUCUGUGAGACAUUUAGACAUAGACUCUCCGCAACCUAGCCCUAUAACUAAAACUCGGCAGACCAGCCAAGGCCAGACCAGUGUAGUGCCAAGAAGACAGAUGCCUUCACAGUUGGUGAGGCUAGGCAGUAUUGACAAAGACCCUGGAGUUAUUGGGCCUUUGGUGUGGGAUUUGCACUGCCAGAGGAUAAAGGAUGCAUCCAAACCCUCCAGUCCCGCGACAUCUCGCAAGGAACCUUCAUCAUCCAGGAUGAGGAGGCGGUUCAACGAGCUAAUGGACGAUGCCUUCACACUCUUUGGCAGUGCUUCUGGCAACUCCAACGACACAUUUACUAUUGACAGAAGUGAUAAGGAAAAGACGGUGCCGGUGACUCAAGCUCGUAACGACAACGUACGUGUGGGAGGAACUCCGAGGGCCAUUCCUCACUCUGCGGGGCCCGGCCGCGCAACUGUUGCUCCGGCAGUUGGCGCGUGGCGGCCGCGCACGGCGGUCGCGUCGCCCGGCGCCCGGCUCGCGCUCUCAUCUCAAAGACUACCAGCGCCGGUGGUAAACACAGCACUAAUAGCCGCUGAAGGGCGACUCGCUCCCAACGAUCCAGCGCUACCGCUCAUAUCAGCGAUCAAGAGCGAAAUACAACGUAUUAGAGAUAACGCUAAAACUUAAUAAAUGUAGUCAAAUUGAUUUGUUGAUUAUCUUUAGAAAUUUGGAGUAAACAAGAUUCAUUAACCUCAAUAGGAACCUCACGAAAACAACAUGUCCCCCAAUAAUCUUGUUAUGCUCUAAAAUUUUAGUCUAAAUAAUACCUAUCAUUAUCCUUAUUGAGUUAUAUUACCUU